GUUCUAAAUUGUUAAUUAUUCUGUGUUUUGGAAACUGAAACGAACAAAACAAAGAAAAUAAUUUUCUGAAUAAUUUGGUGAAUAUUUUCUUAUAUGUUAUCGAAUCUGAUUGUUACAAAAAAGAUCAAAUAAUGAGUUCUUCAUUCAAAGAAAGGUUCUUCCCUAAUGAGUGUCACAUUUGUCGAAGUCGAGAGAAACUAGAAAGAUGUGUUUGUAAAAUGAUUGCCUAUUGCUCCAAGGAACAUCAAUUUCAACAUUUACCAGUUCAUGGGAGUUUCUGCAAAGUAGUUCAACAAGUAUUAAAAGAAAAAGGAAUAUCGCAUAUAAAUGAAAGGAUUAUUAGUACGAAUACCUCUUGGAAUAUUGCCUUUGAACAUAUGAUUAAUUUUGAAAAAAAAUUAGGAAGAUGUAUGACUCCUUUGGAAAUUUCAAUGUGGAUACGUCCCCGAGUUUGUUUUUCUUGUAAAGAUUCAAGAAAUUCUUUAUAUGACUGUCCAAAGUGUCCAAUUGCAAGUUUUUGCUACAAUCACAAAAGAGGUAGCUAUUAUAAUAGCGAAUCCCAUGAUAAUUGUAUAGUAAUGAAUAGGUAUUUAAAAACAUUAUCAGUAGCAGAGGAAUUAAACAUUGAUAUGCAAUUUUUGCCAUCGUGUUUUCCAUAUAUAUCAGAAGAUAGAUUUGAUAUUUUUGAUCCACUCACUUAUACAUUCAAGGAUUCUUCUUCUGAAUUACAAUGUAAAGAGUCGCUAUCUACGAAAGAAACUUUAAUGGAUUUUAUUAACAUUGCUUCAAGAUUGAAUGCUGCUUUAGAAAAGAUAUUUAGUGACACAAUUCCAGAGAAAAUUGUCAUUCAUAUCAAUGCAUUUAACAACCAUGCAAUUAUAAACGCAAAUUAUUGGGAAUUUCUUUUGCAUGUUUAUCCACAGAUAAGAAAUUUAAAAAUUGCUAUCACUGGAAAUGCGACAUUACCAAACAAUUUGAUGAAUUAUUCGCUUUGUGAAAAAUGUGUAAAAUUAAAGAAAACAUUGUCUGUUGAAAAGUAUUUAUUGACCUACGAAGAUUACAUGUUAAAAAGCUAUUAUCAAGUACCGGAUGUUCUUUUUAAUUUCCGAAUUGCAAUUGAUUGCAAUUUUAAAAGAUUUAAUAAAUGGAAUCAAAUUCGUUGCCCCGUUAUUUUAUUGCCUAAUUCAAAGUUUAGUUACUUUAAAGAUUCGUUUUUUCUUUCGUUUUUACUUCAAAAUUUUCAAAUUAUUUUCAAUGGAGAAAUAAAAACAGCUUUUAAUGAAGAAAAAAAAGAAUAUGAUGCAGACAGUUAUUUCAUAAUUUUCCAAUCAAAAAGAAGUAAAAAACAAGAAAUAUCACCUGCUAACAAUUCCAAAAAGAAUGACACGAGUUUAAUUUCAACAAAAGAUGAUUUGAUGUUUCGACCUUCUUCGCCUUUUUCUUCUUCUUUUACAAUUUUUUCAAAACCCAAAGAAGGAGAUAAUAAUGUAGAAAAAAAUGCGAGCAAUGAUAACUCGAUAGCGGAUGACGAUUUAGAAUCUUUUUCUACAGAGAACGAGUCGCUAAUAAUAGAGAAUUCAUCUCUUAAAGCUGAGAACGAGAAACUACAACACGAAUUAAGUUCAUCGACUGAAAAAGUGGCAAAAUUACAACAAGAAUUGAAUUCAUCGACCGAUGAAGUGGCGAAAUUACAACAAGAAUUGAAUUCGACGACCGAUAAAUUAGAGAAAAGAAAUGCGGAACUUGAAAAAAUUAGUUUUCAAUUUAAUCAGAUGAUUCAAUCAAUACGAAAUAUUUCAAAAAUUGAAGAUAAAGAUGACGUCGCUUCGGAUUGAAAAGAAAAAAUUUUUAAUUUGUUUAAAAAAUUUCUUGACAUAUUCUUCUGAUUAUAAUCGACACGAAAAUGUUUUUUCUUUGAAAUUUAAAUUUAAACAAUUACCAUAUCUAAUACUUAUUAUUUUUUUACAUGUUAACGAUUAUAAUGGUUUCAUAAAAAGAAUUAAAAAUACGAAAGAUAAUGU